AUGCUGCCGCGCGAUCUGCUGCGAGGCGGACAGUGCCUCAGCAUCGUGGCCGGCUGUGACUACGUAGACGCCGCCUGCCGAGGUUUUGCUGCCCUCUGCCCUGAAUUCGUGCCCCAGCACCGCGACAUGUCUGCAGCCAUCUGGCCGCCCAUCGGCGAUGCCCAGCUCGCCGACGAACAGGCCGCAUCGCAAGCGCGCGAGCUCGAAUGGCUGCUUGUGCAGCUGCGCGAGACGCUGCAGUCGCUCAAGGCAGGCCUGGAAGAGUGCGCUGCUCUCCUCGCGCCGUCGGAGAACGGAUCGACGCUGGUGCUGUCGUCGCUGCGCUCUGAGAGCCUCAAGGGCCUCAUCACCAGAGUGGGCACCCGCGUCACCAAAGGCGUGCGCUUCGUGCGUGUUGCUGACGAGAACCACCAGAACAUAAAGCUACGCCUCGCCAGCCUGCCGCCGCCGCGAGGGACGCCCGCCUACGACCUGGCCAUCUCGUCUGCCCCGCAAGCACCAACACUCGUCGUUCCCCAGCUCACCUCGGUGCGGACUUCGAUCAACAGCUGCCUGGACGUCAUCGACGUCGCUACCUGGGGCGGAGAUGCCACCAAGGCAGAUUUCGUCGCUGGCCAGCUGCAGCUGCUCCACGAGCAUGUGCAGGAGGCACGGCAGGCAUUGAAGGGCUACUCUGACGUGCAGCUGCCGUGGUGGGAGCAUCCGGUCGACGAGCAGACUUUUGAUCCCGCACUGCCGCCCACAGUCUCCUUCCACCUGUUCGUUUUCGACGCUGCCCUCGUCCUCGAGGUCCGCACGCUCGAGCCGCAGCAGGCAGAACAGAAGUCGCUCACGGGCUUCAGCAUCCGUGAUAGCCUCGCGGUAGCCCUUGGCGGCACGCGUGCCCCUGCCCACGAUGAGGCUGACCGCACGUUCAAGUACAGGGGCCAGGACGUCCGCGUGAAGGAGAAGAUCCGUGUCGAAAGCCAGGAUCCAGCUUUGAUUUCCGCGUCCGCAAAGCUCAAUGCGCUCGAGCACAGCAUCAUGCUGAGCCGAAAGGCCCUUAAUAUCGUCAUGGGUCGCGACGAGCACUUGGACUGA